AUGACCGUGAAUUCUAUAAUAGAUAUCCUCCGCAAAGCAGCAGACCAUCAGGAACCUCGUGGUGUCUGUGCCUAUUCGACCGGCAUCGCUGGGUUCGGUUCCGUAACGAGGUUAAGUUACACAGAGCUCGAUUCAUUGGCCACAUCGAAUGCUAUACUACUACGCCGGCUGCAGUGCGACACCGAGUCUCCUGUCAUACUACUUCACUUUGAAGACCAUCUGGACAAUAUCAUAUGGUUUUGGUCUACCUUAUAUGCAGGCUACAUUCCUGCAAUGUCCACUGCUCUGCCUCGAAGUGAAGAACACCGCACAAGGCAUCUCUGUCAUCUAAGCGAGCUGUUCGAUAAGUCUAUCUGUCUAACUCGGAAAACCCUCCAAAACCUGCUCACAAGAGAGUCUCCCUUGCACGUUGUGGCUAUAGAAUCAUUGAAUGGUUCACCAGCAGAGUUUGUCGCUACGACAGAAACCAGUUCCGGAGCACCAUUAAAUAGCGGUGGUGGGCAUCCUGCUCUGCUGAUGCUCACAUCUGGAAGUACUGGUCUGCCAAAAGCCAUUCGGCUCGACCACGUCGGGAGUUUAAUCGAGAUCCAUCUCCAUGCACUAUUUGUCGGGUACGGCCAAGUUCACGUUCUGCCUAACGAGAUAAUAUCUCGUCCGGCCUUGUUCCUCGAUCUCAUAAGUCGACAUCGUGUAGUUAGGACGUUCGCGCCCAACUUUUUCCUCGCUGAAGUUGGCCGUUAUUUGGAGACCUCCCAAGGAGAAGAUAGACCUCACUUUGACUUGAGAUGUCUACGAUACAUCGUGUCUGGUGGGGAGGCUGUUGUUGCCAGUACUUGUGCCAAAGUGUCUCGAUUGCUGGUCCAACACGGCGCACCUGAAAAUGUCAUCGUCCCUGGAUUCGGCAUGACUGAGACUUGCGCAGGGUGCAUCUACAACUUGGAAUUUCCUGCAUUUGAUACUCGCAACGAAAAUGAGUUUGCUUCCCUGGGAAAGUGUGUCCCGGGCGUUCAGGCACGGAUCGUCUCCAUAGCUACGGGUGACAGUCCCGCGGCCUUAGGAGAGGAAGGCCACCUGGAACUCAGAGGUCCGCUUGUAUUUUCUGGUUAUUACAACAAUCAAGCAGCAACCAGUGAGGCUAUCGGCCCCGAUGGCUGGUUUCGAACUGGGGAUACGGGUUACAUCGGCGCGGGCGGCAGGAUAAGUCUGUCGGGUAGGACUAAAGAAUUGAUCGCCGUCAACGGUGUCAAAUAUGUUCCGCAUCAGCUGGAAGCCGCUAUAGAGGAAGCAAGCAUACCAGGUAUUGUUUCUGGCUGUGUGAUAUGCUUCUCAUUCCGUCCCAAGGGUGCAGACACAGAGCGACCUUGCGUCAUCUACCAGCAUACCUAUUGCGUCAACGAUGCUAAAGCUAGAUAUCAGACGAUGACUGCCAUAUCGCACCGUAUCACGAUGAUAACGAAUAUGCGCCCGUAUAUAUUGCCUUUACAGACUGUAAAACGCACAUCCUUGGGGAAGCUUCCUCGCUCUAGCCUGCAGCGGGAGGUUGCAAGUGGUCAGUACAAAAUGCAAGAAGCUAUCGAUAGAGACAUGAUCAAGAAGUAUCGGCAAGCCAUAUUCAGGCCACCCGAGUCACCUACCGAAAAAGUGAUCGUGGAAGAGCUGUCAGAACUCCUGUCCCUACCUCAAGAAGACAUCGGAAUCGACACGGACCUCUUCGAACUAGGCCUUACCUCAUUAACGCUUAUCCGGCUCCAACAUGCCUUGCGAACAAGGUUGUCACUAAAUGAGCCAAUCCCUCUCGCCACGAUGAUUGCCCAUAACACUGUCCGUGGUUUAUCCGAAGCAUGCCAACAGCAUCACCAAUACAUCCCAGCCGUGAAGCUCCAAUCCAGCGGCAACAAGACACCUCUAUGGCUCGUACACCCUGCCGCAGGCGAAGCCCUCAUAUUCAUCAACAUAGCCAAGCUCAUCACAGACCGACCCGUCUACGCAUUCCGGGCCCGCGGAUUCCACCACAAUGAGCCAUAUUUCACCAGCAUCGACGAAUGCAUCCGCACUUACCACUCCUCCAUGAAGAAGCUUCAACCGCACGGCCCUUACGCUAUCCUCGGAUACUCCUACGGCACGAUGCUAGCAUUCGAACUUGCCAAGUCCCUCGAGAAAGCAGGUGACCAAGUCCAAUACCUUGCCGGCCUUAACCGUCCUCCAUAUGUUAGUCCAAUCCUGAAGAGAGUUACAUGGACCGACUGCCUAGUUAACAUCUCCUACUUCCUCGGACUUCUUUCUCGAGACUCAUACCGGACUCUCCUUCGGGAGAUCUCUGGGUUUCCGAAGCAUGAUGCCUUGGCCAGAGUGAUCGAGAAAGUGGAUCCUGGCCAGCUCCUGGCGUUGAGCCUCGAUGAAGGUAGUCUAGAACAGUGGAUCAAUGUUGCCUUCAGCCUACAGGAGAUAGGAAGAGAAUAUGAGCCGCGUGGUGUGGUGAAUGCGCAUAUGGAUGUCUUUCAUUGCACUCCAUUGGAGUUCCUGAAUGUUACACCUGAAGAAUGGAAGCGACGUCUGGCUGCCUGGGAGAAUUUCUCCGGACAGAAGGUAAACCUGAGACAUGUACCAGGUGACCAUGCUAAUGUCUUGGGACCGGAUCAUGUGCAGGUGUUUGUGAAGAAGUUGGGUGAGGCUAUGGCGUUGCAGGGUCUUUAG